AUGAAUUCGAACGGGUAUGACGGUUAUGACAGACAAUAUAGCGAGCUGGAAGGGCUCGAUCCAAGUUAUAUCACCACAUACCAAGCAUGGGGCAAAGCAGCCACAGAGCUAUACCGCUUAGAGAACGAGAUGGCACAGAAGUACGAAGAGUUGGUCCGCAAAUAUUCUGAGAAAUGCGCCGAAUGUGAGCGAGAGAAGCGUACAGCAAUGGUGUGGGAAAAAGAGCAGCGUAUGACGUUGAAAGAGCUACAGACUCUUAAAGCUUCUAUUGAAUCCACAUCCUUUGCAUUUGUCGUUAUUGAUGGAGAUGGCGCCGUCUUCCGUGAGGACCUUAUCGCUAAGGGCGAAGAAGGAGGUGGAGAGGCUGCUCACAUCCUCAAUAAGCAGCUUAAGGAGUAUUUCCAACAGCACCCCCAAUUCUCAGGAAUCGACACCAUUUUUGUUCAGGUUGUCCUUAGCGUUGAAGGCCUGUCGCGGGCCCUUCAUGCUUCGGGUACUUUACCCAUCAGCGACUAUGCCGCUUUGACCAAAUUUGGUCGUGGCUUCUGCCGAGCCCAACCGUUAUUCUCCUUUAUUGAUGUCGGGUACGGCAAAGAACAGGCCGACCAUAAGGUUCGAAAGGUUUUUGAGGUCAUGGAAAAGAAUGUCCAAUGCAAGUGUCUUAUUUUGGGAGGUUGCCACGAUAAUGGCUAUGCCACUUUUCUGGAGUCAUUUCGCGGCAAUGACAAGAUCUGCCUGCUUGAAACAACCCCUCCCGCCUCAGACUUUUGGAAGUUUACUUUCAACCGCGUAUAUUUCCCUGAAGUUUUUCGUUCUGAGCCCCUUCCGUCCAAGCAGACCAUCCCUUCUGGCUUCUCCUCCACUGCUUCAUUGGCACCACAUCAUAGCAGCUCUACAAGUUCGUCGUCGUCGCUCAACAGCCCGGCACUCACCGGUUCUCCAAAGCCUUCUGUGGCGACUCAGGUCGUUUCCGCAAGCAAGUCCGAGGCGCAGCCCAGCAGUUGGGCUGCUGUGACUAAGAGAACUUCCGCACAGCGUGCUUUCAUGCAGCUCAACAAAGAUGAUCAGCGUGUCGAUGUUCCCCUGCCCAAGGCCGACUACAAUGCUGUCAAGUCUUUAGACGAGCGAAGCAAGAUUAAUGGCGCUAACUUUUGCAAUCACACCUACCAUUAG